AUGUCGACCGCGCAGACUCCAGAAGUCCUUUGGGCCCAGCGUUCCAACAAGACCGACGCCAAGAAGAACUUCAUCUACCUCACCAUCACCGUCCCCGAUGUCCAAAAGUCGAAUCUUAAGCUCGAUAUCAAGUCACAAUCGCUCACCUUCUCCGGCCACUCCGACUCCCUCAAGAGAGACUACCACGUCGAGCUCGAGUUCUACGGCGAGAUUGACGAGUCCGAGACCAAGAUCAACCACACUGCCAAAAACAUUGCCUUGGUCCUGAGAAAGAAGGAGCUGAAGGAGGAGUUCUGGCCACGACUAUUGAAGGAUGCUAAGAAGGUCCACUUCCUGAAGACCGACUUCGAUAAGUGGGUUGAUGAGGAUGAGCAGGACGAGGCUCCCGAGGACGACCUAGCAAACAUGGGCGGAAUGGGCGGCAUGCCAGGUAUGGGUGAUAUGAGCUCAAUGAUGGGCGGUGCAGGAGGUGACUUUGGCGGCAUCGACUUCUCCAAACUCGGCGGAGCAGCAGAGCCCGAGGAGGAUGACGAUGAUGAUGACGACGAGGAUAUGCCAGCGCUCGAGGGCGAGGACGACGAUGAGGAGGCAAAGGAGGCUCCUAAGAAGGCCACCGGCUCCAAGAUCGAGGAGGUUGCUUAG